AUGGCUUCGUUCCCUUGGAGCUCUAUGGAUUUUUCCUUCUGGGGAGAGCGGAGCGUACCGCUAGGCUUGGGCAUCACCAGCACUCUAAGUCUCAUCCUUGUUAUUUUCCUCGGAUGGACUGUUGACAGUACUUGGUAUGAAUCCUCUCUAGCGGGUUCUUCGUCCACAAGCUCUGGGAUCUCGUCAAGUACUCGGUUUUUUGAGCUUACCCUGGGCUUCGUCACUGCUGGUGCCUCGAAGCGUGCCAUCGUUGAGUUCGUCAUACGUCUUAUCGCACUUAUCCUAGGCUUUCUCCACGUCUCAGUAAUUGUAGUUCUCACCCAAAAUGACACCAUCUCAGACUUGCUUGACAACGCAGUGGCGGUGUCAUGUCGUUCCAAAGAAUCUUUCAGUUCUAGUGUCUCAAAACCUCGGCAACUCAUGCGGUCGCGUUCGGUCCCAUCGAUUCUCACUCUCUCCUGCCUUGGGAUCUUUUCAACAGCGCUUUGGGCUGGCGCGAUGACGCCCACGAGUGGCACUAUUGCUACGCAGAACAUCAUAAAUGUACCUUCAUUCUCAAAUACGACAUACAUAAAGGAAUAUCCAAUCGAAUCGAAAUCUGGUCCCUCGGUCACGACCAAGGAUGGUACCUUUUCCUACUCUGUCGGCACGAAGUAUUUGAGCCAGUUGAUAGCAUCUGCGUCAUCUGCAACAACAAUAGACGGAACCCUGCAGAGACAACCAAAACCUGACAACACUCGGUUUUCCUAUGAAGGGAGAUCAUAUGGUGUUGGAUCCUCCGUCGGCAUCCAAAAUGGCUUCAAGCACGAGUCGUCGGCUCGGGUGUAUCACUUCCAAGAAGUCGGGUACUUUUCUCAGGUUGAUUGCCGUUACAAUGAAAGUAUGGAUUUUCACAUUGCGAAAGAAAACCCUUACAGAACCUUUGCUGCCACUGGCUCCCUGCCCGACAGUGUCGGAAGUAUUCAGUGGUCCGAGUACAUUGGCAUAACGUCGAGCUCGAUCCUAGCAAUCGGUGUCGCGAAGAGCCCAGAAUCCCGUCGUCGAUACAUUUCCAUUGCUGCGGGAGAUAAUUACAAAGCCCUCAACACCACGCAGUGCACGGUAGACUUUCUGCCUACACUUUUCCAACUCUCGGUCGACGUCAAGGACAGGAGCAUCGCGGUUGUCCCGUUGAAAGGCAUUGAGGCUAAGGACCUCGACCCGCAACGAACUUUGACACGAACGGCGGUCAGACAGUUUGACCUGAUUUCAAACAGCUUAACCAAUUAUUACGACUCUGUACUUGGGAAUGCGUUUCUCUCGAGUAUAGCGGCGUGGAAUACGUCUUUCAAUGAACAAGGACUAGCUUCGGAAGCCGAUGCAACCCUUCAUGGCUUACAAAACUCUAUUACUGCUAUGAUGGACUCCAUAUUGGUGGCCUACGGGGCGGCGCAGCUAGUGGUGGGCAACUUUUCUCAACCUACCACGGCAGAAGUUGUGGUCGAUGUAUUCGUGCUUGGGAACCAGGCGUAUAUUGGCGCGGUCGCACUUUUGAAUGCGAUUAUCAUCUUGGCGUUCUCUUUCAGAGCUGCACCAAAAACUUGCAGACAGAUGAGUUGA